ACCAGCAGAAAGUCGUCCAGAAUAUCGAAUUUUUCAGGUCACUGGGUCACAACUGUGAAAGUGAAAGUCAUUCGUACAUGGAAAGCUCGAUUUCUCGAGGUCAUCGAGAGUAAAAUCCCGCUGUUGUCCUCACGAAUAGUGAGAGUGAUUGGAGGGCAUUGACAUCAGCAACUUUCUCAGUUGACGGCCACCACUGGUUGGGCCAAGGUCGAGUGAGGUCAAGAGCAGGACAAUCAGUCAAAAUUACGUCGAUAUAAUCCACUUGAACCUUUAUCAAGUGCGAUAAAAUUUCUGGACACAGUAUUUCGUUUUGCAUUCAACCUCGAGGAUGUAUUGACUCUCUGAAGUCACUGAAGAAGUCUCAAUGGUGUGCAAACAGUACUUGAGAACUUGAGAUAAGAUAUCUCGGUUUUCGGAAUAAAAAGCCGACGGUGAUUUUGUGUCUUUUUUUUGUUGCUGCUGUCCUUGGACACCAUGGAGAGAGUCUUCACCUGGAUGACAGUCGAUCCAAUGGAGUAAAUGCAGAUCAACAUCGGGUUACCCGGGUGAACCUCAACGGGUGGUUCGAUCGCUACCUUCCGUUUGUCAAGAAGUACAUGGUGUCGCAUGGGAUGGAUCCGAUGAGUUUACCUGCGAUGAAUCUGCCAGCUCCGGACAUUCCCGGAUUCAAACCAAAAGUUGAACUUCACAAUGGACUGAUUCAUGGGAUCUCAAAUCUCACAAGAUCCGGAGACAUUAUUCAACACAUCUACGAGAGUUCCUCGAAGGUGGAGGUCCAAGUCAGUUGGAAGGAGCUAGAGGUGGAUUACGACUACUCAGUGAAAUAUCUCUUCUUCAAUCGUAAAGGGGGUCUGACAGGUAGAUUCCCCAAUUUGAAUAUAGGGAUGAUGGGAUCUGUCGACUUCAAGGCGCGAAAGGUGGAUCUGCGGUAUCUGAAGAUCAUCGAUUCAGGGGAUUUCUCCCUCAAACUGCGAGGACACUUGAUGGAUACUGUGGCCAAUGCUGCCCUGAAAGCCUUGACAGUCACCUUCCGGAAGCGAAUGCUACGGGAAAUGGAGCAUCAGAUGAACAAUGCUGUUCAACUUAAAAUCAAAGAAGUCAAUAAUUGGCUGUCAAACCAAUCCAAUAUUCCAAUUCCCCGAUCAGUGGAGGAGUGGAACGAUCUUUUGAAUUAAUUCCAAAUGUACCUGAUAUUAUUAAAUAAAUAAUCCGCGCAAGACUCCAGAGAAGUUGAAAAAUCAGUCUGUCAUGGAGCCAAAAAAUACGAUUUCUAAAGAUGUGAAACUCAUGAAA